AUGUCGAGACGAAAGAUCGGCCUCAUUGGCGGUGGCAACAUCGGCGCCACCCUUGCGCUCUUGACUGCUGUCAAGGAGCUCGGAGAUGUCGUCAUGUUCGACGUCGUCCAAGAUCUUCCGCAAGGGAAAUGCCUAGACCUGUACCAGUCGAGUCCGAUCACGGGAGUUGACGUUGCCUUCGAGGGCUCGAAUGACUACAGCGUCAUUCAGGAUGCCGACGUGAUUAUUGUGACGGCUGGUGUGCCGCGCAAGCCUGGCAUGUCUCGCGACGAUCUCCUCGCGAUCAACGCGAAGAUCAUGGGCCAAGUCGGCGACGCAAUCAAGAAAUACUGCCCGAACGCCUUCGUCAUCUGCAUCACAAAUCCUCUCGACGUCAUGGUCUACGUGCUUCGGGAAAGAUGCGGCCUGCCCCACCACAAGGUUUGCGGCAUGGCUGGCGUCCUCGACUCCGCACGCCUGCGGACUUUCCUCUCGGAUCGCCUCAAGGUCUCCGUCGACGACAUCCACGCGCUCGUGAUGGGCGGGCAUGGCGACUCGAUGGUGCCGCUGCCGCGAUUCACCACAGUGGGCGGCAUCCCUCUGCCGGAGCUGAUCAAGAUGGGCAUGAUUUCGCAGCAGGAAGUGGACGAUAUUGUCCAGCGAACACGCGACGGGGGCGGCGAAAUCGUUUCGCUGCUCAAGACGGGUUCCGCUUUCUUCGCCCCUGCGGCUGCUGGCGUGCUGAUGGCGGAGGCGUACCUGAAGGAUCGGAAGCGUGUGUUGACUUGCGCUGCCUACGUGAACGGCGAGUACGGCGUGAAGGACAUGUACGUCGGCGUGCCGUGCGUGAUUGGCGCGGGGGGCGUUGAGAAGAUCGUCGAGCUCGACCUGACGCCGGAGGAGAAGAAGAUGUUUGACCUCUCCGUGGAGAAAGUCAAGUCGCUCCUCGCUGCUGCGCCCAAGUCAGCCUGA